AUGGACGGGGCUUCUGCCGAGGGGGCCGUGGACUUCUCCGCGCGCGCACGAUUAUUUGAAGCUCACAUACAGAGCUACAAGGGAGAUGAUCCACUUGAUCCUUGGGACAGAUACUGUCAAUGGGUAGAAGGGGUUUCUGAAGAAGGAAGACAAAACUACCUAUCAAGUUUGUUGGAGCGGCUUGUGAAGAUCUUUUUGGGUGACAAGAGGUACCAGCAUGACAGAAGAUUCAUCAGUUACUGCAUGAAAUUUGCCACAUUCAUUGAUGACCCAAGUCAAUUUUUUGACUAUAUGUCCAGCCAAGGAAUUGGUACCAAGUCAUCCAAUCUGUAUGUUGUAUGGGCUCAGCAAUUUGCCAUGCAAGCGAAUGUGUCACAUGCAAUCGCUGUUAUUGAGAAGGGGAUUCACAAUGGAGCAGAACCUGUUGAAAAACUACAUCAGCAGUACAGGUUGUUACAGAGUUGCUUAGCCCAGAAUCAAAUUUCAAAUCAAGUUGGAGUCUUGCAGUUACAUAAUUCUCAACACUGCAAUCAAAUUACUUCUAAAGAUGACCCAGCCAGUUUUCACCAAAAUCAGGGACCUAAGAACAUGACUCCAACAAAUUCUGAAUUGUGUUCUGUUCACGGUGGACAGGAAAAAAUGGAACAGCCUCAAUAUAUAACUUCCAUUUCAAAAUCUGAAGUCUUACCAAUGUCAUCUUCUAGUGUGACCCAUGAGCAGAGGGUUAUGUAUGACAAGAAUCUUCUUAAUUGUGAAGGCUCUGAAUUGUGCUUUGAAGAAGUAAGAGCCAAAAUAUACUUGAAAAGGGCUGAACGUCUGAGAAGGCACAAAGAAUGGGAGGACGAAGACAGAGAAUUCAUGAAAAAGAAAGAGAACAACCUACUGGAGCUGCAGACGUUGCAACAGAAACUGCAUCUUCUCUCCCAGACAUCAUCCUCUUCGCAGAAAACUCUGCAAGGGCCAUCUACUCACCAGUCCCUGCUAAGCACCACAGUGGGUCACCCAUGUGGACAGCUUGGGGCAGCUCCAGAGUGGGCAGCCCCUUCCCCAGCUGGAUAUCCACAGCAUUCUUUGACGCUGGGGACGGAGCGUCGGAGCGCAUCAGUGCUUUUCAAGACAGCAGCAGAGAUUUCAGCAGCUGCGGCGUCAUCUCUACAGCCUGCCGAAAAGCUUCAGGAACAGCAGGUGUCCCCGUCAGUCACCAUGGCUGAAAAGGAUCCUUCCAGAACCAAGCUUGAUAUCGAGGAAUGUGAGGAAAGUCUACAUAGACUUCAGGUCGGUUCAGAAGAUGUCGUUCAGCCUCCUCAGAAACGUGCUGCCGUCUCCCACGACUACCACUAUGUAGAGCAGCAACUGAAUGCUUCCGAUCAGAAGCUGCCGUGUUCUACAGAAAUGAGAGACGUAUCAGGUGGCCGGAAGUCUUCCAUUUUAUUUGGUAAUCAGCAAGCCACCCCAAACACAUCAACGACAAUGCAAAUGGCUCUAUCUUUAGUGCAGCCAUCUCCUACUGUUCACACCAAAGAAGCCUUGGGUUUCAUAAUGGAUAUGUUUCAUGCAACUUCUUCUAAAGAUUCCACUAUGGUGUCUGAAACAGAGGAGGAUGCAUUUGAAACCUAUUGUAGAAAUCAAGGGCCAUGCAAUACUGACAGUGCAAAGUCCACUGCUCCUGCUGCAGCUCCUGCUUUCACCAUCUUUGAAGAUGAGAAUGCAGAGGUCCUCCAGCCACCUCCGAAGCCCACUGAAGUAAAAGUCUUAGGAGAGCGUCUCGCAGACUGUGCUGCCAAACCAGGAGAAGGAAGUCUGCCAGCUGAGUGCCUGACAGGUGACUGUACCGUGUGGGUUCACUGCAACAAAACCCUGGCUCCCAAUCCUAACAGUACAAGAGACUUUGCUCCUGCGGCACAAUACGUUUCUACGCCCUUCAACUCUGUUCCAGUGCACGCCUGCCAAGUGACACAGGAUAAAGUAAUUGAAAACCCUUGGGAUGUCGGCUUAAUUUGCCAGCUCCUGUCCGAGGUGACUAAACCAAUAAGUGCCUACAAAAAUACUUUUGAAUGGGAAUCAAACCUUCCAGUUCUGAAGCCGAAGGCGCAACUCAGAUUGGAUUCUACGUCCUUCCAUGUUGACUGUUUACUUGGAGAAGGGGCUUUUGCGCAUGUCUAUCAAGCCUCUAUCCUUGGCAUGGCCAACACAAGAAAUUAUCAGAAAGUAAUAUUGAAAGUACAGAAGCCUGCAAGCCCCUGGGAAUUCUACAUAGCAACUCAACUGACAGAAAGGCUUAAGCCAAGCCUGCGUCAUCUUUUCAUCCAUUUCUAUUCUGCUCACUUCUUCCGAAAUGGAAGCAUUUUAGUUGGGGAACUUUACGGUUAUGGAACUUUGCUGAACACCAUAAAUAUAUAUAAAAAACUGCCAGAAAAGGUGAUGCCCCAAGCGCUGGUUCUCUACUUUGCCAUAAAAAUUCUCCAUAUGGUUGAAGAGCUUCAUAAGUGUGGAAUCAUUCAUGGUGAUGUUAAACCUGACAACUUUAUCUUUGGUGAAAGAUUUUUAGAUGAGGACACAUGUGAUAUAGACAGCGAAUCUCAUGGCUUGUCCAUCAUUGACUUUGGCCAAAGUAUAGACAUGAACUUGUUUCCUGAAGGAACUGUAUUCACAGGGAAGUGUGAAACGUCUGGAUUUCAGUGUGUUGAAAUGUUGAUGCACAAGCCAUGGAAUUACCAGACUGAUUAUUUUGGAAUUGCUGGAACGGUGUACUGUAUGCUGCUUGGCACGUACAUGAAAGUCAGCAAUGAGCAAGGUGUAUGGAAGCCAGAGGGUGUAUUCAGGAGGAUUCCACAUGCAGAAGUUUGGAGAGAUUUUUUCCACACUUUGCUGAACGUGCAAGACUGCAACCAUCUGCCUUCUUUGGGAUCUCUACGGGCAAGACUGAGAGACCUAUUUCUGAGUACUUACGCUAGCAAAGUAAAGGUGCUCCGUAACAGGCUUGCAGUGUUGCUUGUGGAAAAUAAACGUUCACGUAAAUAA